AUGUUCACUUUGCGGGCAGCAGUUAUGUGGACUGUGAAUGUUUUUCUAGCAUAUGCAAUGGUUUCUGGGUGGAGCACAAAGGGUUAUAUGGCAUGUCCUAUAUGCAAGGAAGAUGUAACUUCUGGUUGGCACGCUGGAAAAGUUUGUUACCUUGGCCAUCGGCGAUGGUUGCCAUGGGACCACGAGUGGCAGGAAAAAGAUAAAGAGUUCGACGGGAACACAGAGCAUCGCCUCAGACCUAGAGAAUGGUCCGGUGAUGAGAUCUUUGAAUAG